AUGAAUACUCUUGAUAAUCUGAUGAAGAGGAAGUUUCAGCAUUGGAAUCAAAUAAAUAAUUUCAGUCUUCAUAGAGCAGGGAGAAUUUUGGUGCUAUGGAACCCUCAAAAGAUUCAACUUCAAGCUAUUGAGUACAGUGCUCAGGUAAUUCACUGUAGUGUUAAAUGUCUAACUACUUUAAAUGAUUUUCGAGUUAGUUUUGUGUAUGGCUUUCACACUAUAGUCAACAGAAGAGAGUUGUGGAGAAACCUUGUUCAAACUGGUUUGGAUUGCUGUCAUCCUUGGAUAGUCAUGGGAGAUUUUAAUAAUGUGCUAAACUCAGAUGAGAAGUUGAAUGGUGUUCCUGUUACAGCAUAUGAAACUAGGGGUAUCAGAGAGUGCUUUAUGGAAACUGGAUUAAUAGAUAUUAAUUCUUCUAGCUGUUUUCUAACUUGGUCAAAUGGGAAGACUUGGUGCAAGCUUGAUAGAGUGUUGGUUAACAAUGAAUGGAACCAGACUAAUUUGGGAGUUCAUGCUAACUUUCAGCUUCCAAGUUUAUUGUCAAAUCACUCUAACUGUUUGGUUUCUUUGUUUGAUAGUAAUGGCAUGGGGAGAAGGCCAUUUAAAUUCUUCAACAUGCGGACAGGUCACUGUGACUUUAUGGAGACUGUUAAAAAAGGGUGGGGAGUUAAAUUCAGUGGAUGUAAAAUGUUUCGGCAGGUGAAGAAAUUGCAAGCUAUGAAGUCUCCUCUAAAGAAUUUGAAUGCACUGCACUUUUCUCAUAUUUCUACAAGAGUAGAAAAAGCUAAUGAAGAGCUGUUGGAUCUUCAAGAAAAAUUACACAACUCUCCUGAGGAUUUGGGGAUCCAGAUGCAAGCUGCGAUAAAGAGGGACAGGGCCAUAAAGCUAGCUGAAGCAAAUAGGAGUUUCUUAAGUCAACAGGCUAAAAUUAAGUAUCAAAUGAACAGUGAAAAAAAUACCUCCUUUUUUCAUUCUUUGAUGAGGAGGCAUGGAAAAAGGAAUCAUAUUGUUUCAGUUAUUAAAGAUAAUGGGGAUCCUACUACUUAUCAGGAUCAAGUGGCAGAGGAAUUCAUUAUCUAUUAUAAGAAUCUCCUUGGGACUGAGGUUGAAUGCACUCCUGUGGAUCCCCAAAUAAUUGGCCAAGGCCAAUUCCUAAGUAUUAGAGAUAAUGAUCUUGAUGAAAUUAUGGAGUUAACUGGUUUUUCUCGUGGUGAAUUCCCUUUUCGUUAUUUGGGCAUCCCUCUAGCAUCAACUAGGUUGAAUGCAAUGCACUACUCUCCACUAAUUAGUAAGAUAUCCAGUAAUAUUGAUGCUUGGAUGAAGAAUACUAGCUCCUAUGCUAGGAAACUAGAAUUAAUCAAUUCAGUUAUUCAAGGUUCAAUCUCGAAGAUCUGCUUUAAGCUACUGGACUCUGGUGUGAGCAGUGAAGGUCAAAUUGUUAGAUGA